CCUCCUUCUUCCGGUCUGCCCCUCUCGUUGCUGCUUCAGUCGUUAUACCACACGUUAGCAAGAUGAGUGGAGCAAACGGUAAAGCGAAACCUUCCACCGGUGUGAUGGAGUGGGUCAGUUCAGCUUGUCGGUUCGCUACAGACAGAAACGACUUCAGAAGGAACCUUCUGGUGAACCUGGGCUUGUUUGCAGCUGGUGUUUGGGUCGCCAGAAACCUCUCCGAUUUUGACCUGAUGUCCCCUCAGCCCGUGACAUAACCUGGUCAAAAUACAUCCAUCGCCAAAACCAGGAUGAUGGUGUUUUGGACCAACAAAGAAGAAACACCGGACAUGAAUAAAGACCAUGAAACUUUUAUAUGACUACUUUAAAAGCAAAUCAUUGUAUUGACCUGAAUGACCUUCAGUUUUCUGUAGAAUAUUUUUUGUCAUGUCAGAUUAUCUAAAGAGAAACCAGAAAGUG